AGGAACCUUGUUGCAGAUCCUCGAAACUUCCAAACGGACUAUAAAACCAACUUCACCCUCAACCCAGCAUCCCCCCCUCCCCCCUCCAAGCAAAACCACAAGAUGUCAUCGCUAUUCCCACUACUCAGAUCACUCCUCAUCUCACCACUCAAACCAACAUCAACAACAACCAACACUAUCCAACAGAUCAUCCAAGACAGAGACCGAGGCGGAUUCACCACUCCAGACCGACAGCAGGACCAUCUCUCGUUCCAUGACACCGGAUUAAGAGGCACCCAGGGGGCACUCAUCGUACUCGAAGCACUAGCCACUAACCCAUUCGCAAGCAGGCUCACCCUCAGCCACAACAUCCUCGGCGAUCAGGGCGUCCGCCAGCUGGCCAGUCGACUCCGAUUCCUCAAGAAAAGACGCGCAACCCCCAUCCACGAACUCAACCUGGCCUCAAACGCACUCACCGAUGCCGCACUCAUCGAGCUCUGUCGGACCUCAGACGGGCUCCUGGAACUCUACCUCUCCAAUAACCACAUCUCUCUCAACUGUUCUCCCUCACCCUUCCUCGCCGGGCUCGGCAACCUCACCCUGCUCUCACUCACCUCCAACCCCAUCGACUGUCUCGCCCUAUCCGACUUACUCCGCAACCCCAAACUCGCCCUCCUCCAACUCAACACCCUCCAUCUCUCAGCCUGCGCACUCGACCUCCCCGUCGCCGUCUCCCUUGCACUCUGGCUAGAGGAUAGAUCCCGAUCUGGGACUUUGGAAUGGCUUGCCGUGAAUGGUAACAAUUGGGGAACAGCCGGAUGCGAACGGAUCGUUUGGGCACUAGCACGUCGAGGAGGGAACAGCAAUCUACUUCGAGUUGAAAUGUUAGCCUGUGAUGCCCCUCCAUCAGAAGCAGAACCCACUGAGGGUCGAGAUCAGAUGGAGAUCGUCAAGCUGAUGGGAUUCAGAGACUCGAACGAUCUCGAAGAUUGCCAUUUGACUGUCCAACUUGAAGGGGGCUGGAAGAAGCUCUUAGAGAAAUGCGAGGCUCGGAACCAAGCCCUCAGACUAGCCACUCGACGGGCCGCACUGGGACUGGUCAGCACCGCACGCCCGAUCCUCUUGGGCACCCCGCGUCCCCCAGCCUCAGCUGAAGCAGAAACCAUGGAAGCCAGCAAGGCUCGAGUGUUUCGGUGGGACAAAUUACCAGAAGAGCUGAAGCUGCACAUCUGGAGAUGGGUGGCCAUCCUGAGCGCCUUUCCCGGCCUACAAUCACUCGAGCUUCCCGACCAUCAUCAGCAACAAGGCCCGUCGCUCUCGGCGGCCGAUCAAGUCCAUUCCCGGGCCGCCACCGCCACCUCCCGAGCUGCCGCCGUCGACCCCUUUAUCCUGCCCGACCCGCUCACCCCUUCCCAACUUUUCAGCCUCAUCAAUUACGCACAGGAUCGCGAGAGCUUGCAGGCCGAGAUCGCACUCAGAGAGGAGGCUAUCUUCUCUCACCUCAUAGGCUCUAAGUCUUCCUCUUCUUCUUCUGUUCAUCGUCAGUUGGUCGACAAUCUUAGGAGAGACGCAGAUAUCGAUCGCCAGGGUCGCGCUUUCAUUCUUUCCUCCUGCGGCUGUCUUCGAUUCCAGGGCGAUAUCUGAAUUUCCUUCCUCAAUGAUUUUUUUUCUUUUCGUAAUAGAUCUCGACUUCUUCUUCUCUCUUGCUUAUUUUCUCUUACCCAAUAACUCUUCCUCUCCCUCUCUUAAGUCUUCAGCACUUCCAAUAGAUACAUAAAACCCGUUGAUCAUGUUAUCCUUCUUCCUCUUUUCUUUGAGUAUUAUUAGAGUCGAAUGAGUUUGUUGUAUUACACCAAGAAUUGUAUUAUUAUUAUUAUUGUAUUACCGAUUUCCUUCCUCUCUUGAUAUCGUUCAAUAUUCUCGCUUAUAUCUCCUUAAGCCUUUGGUUGUGUGUUUGUGUUUUUUGGAGUGAGAGGAUAGCAGUCUUAGUCAUCAUAAUUUGUUGUUUUUCGUAUUGUAGAGCAUUAUCAAACUGUCUUUUCCCUAUUAUAUACACUAGAGAAGUAAAGAUUUUCACGGCACCAAUCGAGUUGUAGAAUGAUGUCAAUCAUGU